AUGAGCCCCAAUGGCUCCCCCUCGCUCGGCGAACUUAAGCAUAUCUCCUCAACUCGCUUAACACCCAGCCUCAGUAUCCAUACCUUUUCUGCCCCAGCCAGCCACGAGUUUACUCGGAACUACCGUCCAAGUCAACACCUGACGCUUCAAUUCCCGCCUGAUCUCGAUCCAGUAGCAGGACCACAGAAUUUAUCGGACAAGGACCGAUGUCUUUCCUUUACGCCGUAUCAUGUGCAAUACGCUGAUGGGGAAGUUAAAACUGUUUCACUUAUGGCUCGCAAUGGACGUGUUACCGGGCUGUUGGGACUUCCUCGCCCGCAGGGGCCGUUGAUUGCGCAUGUCGUUGACAUCGGUGGUGGUUUCUCUUCUGAAGUUCUAGACCGUGCCGAUCAGGCGGUUUGUAUUGCUGGCGGUACAGGUAUUGCCCCGUUUAUUGCUAUGGCGAUGGCGAGAAGGCACUUUACUAGCUCUGAUAUCCAAAGCUUGAAGCCUACUCUUGUAUGCAGUCUUCGCGGAGACGACUUUGGCGUCGUAGAUUAUCUCUGGAAACACGAGAUGCUUCGCCCACAAGACUGGAAGUCUGUGCAAAUCUUCGUAACACCCGGGGAAGAAAGUAACGGGAUGGCUGCUGGAAAAUCUCAAGAUUGGUGGAGUGAACGUUUCGAGGCUCUAGAUAGUGAUAAUCGCAUCUUCCAUCUCGGAAGAAUGGAGAAGGACGAUUUGAAUGACAUUAUCAAUGGCCACGAGGGUCCUGUUCUCUUCUGCGGAAGCAAGCAGUUGGAGUGGCAAGUCAAGAUGUGGCUGCUUGGAAAGAAAGAGACACAUUGUACAGAGAGAUAA